AUGGGCGGAUUUGGCGCCAAAGUGGCAGGCAGAGUCGGUUUCUCGAACGAACCGAGCGACACGUGCCGAGAGGAGCAGAUGAACGACCCGUCUGGGCUGGAUGAGCUUAAGUCGAUGGUGACUACGUCGCUUGCCGCCAAGGGUGUCCUCGCCUCGCUCCGGGCCCAACUACGGGCGGCUGUGUAUGAAGCUCUGGACGAGGCUGACGGCGGUGCUGGUGGCUCUUCUGGAGCUGCGCUGGUAGCUACCUGUGAAGACCAUGUCCUCCUCCUCUCCCUUGUCGCAGACUAUCUCCACAGUGCUGGUCUCAAGUACUCGGCUUCAGUCCUCAUCGCUGAAGCCGGUAUCGAUGCCCGCCCCGACCCGCUCCCGCGCGCAGCCGCUCUUGCGGCUGCCCUGGAUCUUCCGCACCCACAGGGCCAAGAGCCUGUCUUAGCCACACUCAUCCGAACCGCAAAGGCUUUGCCUGCGUCGCUCCAGUCUGCUCAGCCCGAGAGUCACUCUCGCGAUCAGUCGCCGCCGCGCGCCGCAGACUCCCACUCCUCCCCGGCCCCUAGCUCGCCGAAGGCGGCAUCCUCGCCCGCAACCGCAUACAUGCCGACUUAUGGCUCCAACAGCUCUUUUGUUGAGUCAUUCGAUGAGUCGAUUCCCGAAUCUGUACCCGAGGAGGUCGAGGAGAUGCUCGAUACCUCGCUGGUCGAGUCGAUCGACGACGACGACGAUGGCGGCGACGUGCUCGACCUACUCCCACAGGGCCGGCCCACUUUGUCGUACGGCUCACGUCCUGUGGCAGGUGCUGGGUUGAACUCUCGUCCAAGGCCGACCACACAGUCGUCUGUUGUGAUGUUUGGCGACGACGACUCGUUUACCGAGUCUGUGCCCGAGGAGGAGCUGAUUGAGGAGGAGACGCCUGCUGCUGUUCCCGCUCUUGCAGCAGCAAUGACGCCCCCAGCGCAUCGGGGCGGCGCCGUGGCAUCUGGAGGGCUGUUUGGAAGUGGAGGCGGUGGACUCGGCGACGCACCACCGCUCGGGCGGCCUGCCUCGUCACACGGACGGUCCGGGCUUCCACCGCUUGGAGGCCGGCUGCCAACCCUUGACUCGAACGCGCGUGAUCAGAUGGCGCGCGAUCUGCUGGGAGACGACUUUGAGGGCGAUUCUAUCGACGUGGGAGACGAGACCGAUGACGACAUGGCGCAUCUGGCGUACCUCAACUCGCUGGAGACCCAGCUGCGCAAGCCGGUAGUGCGCGGCGCACCGGGCGCCAAGACCCAGGCCAAGGCUUCUGUAGUCACCGCCAAUCCGUACCUUCAUGAUGCGUUUGAGAGCGACGACGAUGACGGCGGCAUGUUUGGCGGGCGCGAUCUCGACGACGACGACGACGACUUUGACGACGACUUUGACGACUCGGACCUCGAUGCGCCGAUUGUCGACCCGCACCGCAACGACUUUGGCUCGCUCGCCACCUCUGACCGAUCCGCCUCUCCGCUCGACGUUCGUGACUUUGACUAUGUGGAGUCUGUUCUUUAGCCUUUACGAUACAGAAUGGACAGUUUUGUCCAUCACACAAGCCGCGCUCCGCGACGCUCACAGACGUCGCGACGUCCAUCAACCGCGGUAAAAGAGUAGUACAAUGUGUCAA